AUGGCCCCCGAGCAAGAAGCUCCUCUGAAGCCCGUGGUGCAGCGCGUGAAGGCCCUACGUCUCACCAGGGAUGAUUUCGACGUCGUCAAGGUGAUUGGACGCGGCGCGUUCGGCGAGGUGUGCGUCGUGAAGCUGCGUGACACAGACAAGGUCUUCGCUAUGAAGAUCCUCAACAAGUGGGAGAUGCUCAAGAGAGCGGAGACAGCGUGCUUCCACGAGGAGCGCGACGUGUUGGUGUUCGGUGACCAGCGCUGGAUCACGAACCUGCACUACGCCUUCCAGGACGACACCAACCUGUACCUGGUGAUGGACUACUACUGCGGGGGUGACCUGCUGACGCUGCUCAGCAAGUUUGAGGACAGGUUACCUGAAGACAUGGCCAGGUUCUAUAUUGCCGAGAUGAUACUUGCCAUCGAUUCGAUCCACCGGCUGCAGUACGUGCACCGGGACAUCAAGCCCGACAAUGUGCUGCUGGACGCCAACGGCCACAUCCGCCUCGCCGACUUCGGGUCCUGCCUCAAGCUGCUGGCGGACGGCACCGUGCAGAGCAACGUCGCUGUCGGCACCCCCGACUACAUCUCCCCAGAGAUACUCAGGGCGAUGGAGGACGGGCAGGGGCGGUACGGCCGAGAGUGCGACUGGUGGUCGCUGGGCGUGUGUAUGUACGAGAUGCUCUACGGCGAGACACCCUUCUAUGCUGAGAGUCUCGUCGAGACAUACGGCAAGAUUAUGAACCAUAAGGUGAGAUCAUGA